GAAGAUCAUUUUGCUCAGAGCUCUCAUAGGUUACACACGCUCAAGCUGCUCUCCUGAUCUGGGGAUUGACACGAGCAGCGAGAACAUACUGGGUCCCCAAACUGCUGCGCACAUCUGCUAUGCUCUGGUUUGGCCCAGGAGUUCGAUAAACCUGUCAAGAGUUUUUUUUAAUUUUUUUAGGUUUUUUUUUGGUUUGUUUGAAGAUGAGGACAGCUGAGGAUUCAUCUGGAACAGUUCUUCAUCGAUUGAUUCAAGAGCAAUUGAGAUAUGGGAAUCUCAGUGAGAACCGUACAUUAUUAGCAAUUCAGCAGCAGGCUCUUCGAGCUGGAGGUGGCAAUGGAAGUCCCAGGUCUUCCUUGGAAAGUCUAGAGCAAGAGGAGAUGCAAAUGGCCCCUUCUACAAGGCAGGAACCUCAAGGGCAGGAGCAUCACUGUGACCAUUUUUACUUGGAAAACCCCAUGUACAAAGCUUAUGAAUUUCAGCACAAGGGUGAGGAGCUUCCAUCAUAUAAAGAAGCCUUAGCCAAUUCUCAGUACUAUGCUCAAAAUGUUCAGCAGCAAGAGUCUGCCCCUCAACGGCAUGACCAAUCUCUCAUGGAGUUGAAGCAUGGUCACGUUAGGUCUCUGAGUGAGCGUCUGUUGCAGAUGUCUCUAGAACGCAAUGGUGCCAAACCGCAAAACCUCAUGAGCUCCUCUCACAGUUUCCCCCAGCUAUCUAGGCACUACCAGAUGGCAGUGGCUCGUGGGCAACAGGAUGAGAGGGUACAGUACAGGGAGGUUCCCACUGAGUAUGCAAAUUAUGGACCCCCAGAUCACCAUGGAAAUGGUUUCACUCAAGAACAAAGGCAUUAUUCUGGAGAUUUACCUGUAUACCAGCAAUCUGACAUCAGGUUGACUCAAGAUCCCAAUCUAAACUAUGCUCCUAUGACAUCAUACAAUUCUGCUAGCAACCACAUGGCACGGAUGGAUGCUCUUCUUCAGGAAAAUGAAAAGUUACGUAGGGAAUUGGAGACUUACAGUGAGAAAGCUGCAAGGAUCCAGAAGUUAGAGACUGAGAUUCAACGUAUUUCUGAAGCCUACGAGAGCCUCAUGAAAGCUUCAUCCAAACGUGAAGUUCUGGAGAGUGCCAUGAGGACAAAGAUGGAGGGAGAGAUGCGGCGUAUGCAAGAUUUUAACCGAGAUCUGAGAGAACGCCUGGAAUCUGCUAACAAACAGUUAUCUGUGAAAAGUGUUGGUCAAAGAGAAGAAAGUCAAGGAGCCAUCUCUAAGCUCAUUUCUCAAUGCCGUGAUCAACAGCAAGAGAAAGAGAAGCUGGAAAGAGAAGUCACCCUCCUACGCAGUGCAAAUGAAGAUCAGCGUCGGCGGGCAGAGUUACUAGAGCAAGCUCUUAGUAAUGCGCAAUCCAGAGCAGCUCGUGCUGAGGAUGAACUUCGUAAGAAACGAGCCUAUGUUGAAAAAGUGGAAAGGUUACAGCAGGCUUUGAGCCAACUCCAGGCUGCCUGUGAGAAGCGGGAGCAGCUGGAACUUCGUCUACGCACAAGACUGGAGCAGGAGCUGAAGACUUUACGGACUCAGCAGAGGCAACCAUUGGCACAGAGUGGAAAUAUGUCAUCAGAGCUCAGUGUUCCAGUACUCUCUGAACAACUGCGAGAAAAAGAGGAGAAGAUACUGGCCCUGGAGGCAGAUAUGACUAAGUGGGAGCAGAAGUAUCUGGAGGAACGCACCAUGCGCCAGUUUGCAAUGGAUGCUGCAGCUACUGCUGCAGCUCAGCGUGACACUACCAUAAUUAACCACUCUCCUCGCCAUUCACCUAAUAACAGCUUUAAUGAGGACCUUCUGAUGGUCAGCCAUAGGCAUCAAGAGAUGGAGAGCAGAAUCAAGGCUCUUCAUGCACAAAUACUGGAGAAAGAUGCUGUGAUCAAAGUCUUACAGCAACGUAAACCUUAUCAAGGACCACUCCGACCUGCCAAGUCUGUGCCAUCUAUUUUCACACUUUCAGGGCUCACCCCAAACUCCACACGCAAUGAACGAUUAGCUGACACUACCCCAAGAGGAGCAACAUCAGACAAUCCAAUCGAGUUACCGUCAUCCACCAGCAACAUCUCACCAAGCCACUCCAAGCAUGGGAGCAGAGAGGGCAGCACCCAAACAGAAUGUUCCACUGAGCAGGCAACAGAAUCUCUUGUAGAGAGAAACACAACUUCUUUGCUGGAAUCCUUUGCUUCUUCCAAAAACUCCAAUAUUUCCGAGAUGGUGGAAAUUCUUAUCUGAACUGCCAUUUGUCUGGACUUACCCAUCAGCCUUAGGAUAAGGCCCUUGUUAUCAGUGAUCAGAAGAUGAUGUUGAGGCAUCCCUAAGCAUACAAGCUAUGGAUCCAUGUCUGUUGAGUAACAUCCCUUGGCUGAAAUGAAACAAGGUGUAUGAAGCUUAAAUCUAGAACCAUCGCUGCAACACAAAGUCCACAAGUUUCACCUGAGAAUCUAAACUGAGAAAUGAGUUUUGAGAACUUCUGGGUUCUACGUUCUCAACCAUCUGAUGUUGUGGUCUUUAAAUAUCAUGGUUGUCCCUCAUUACGAGUCAAAAUCUUGCUUACCUUAAGCUUUAAAGAAAACACAUGAACACAUCAGAAGGAAGCAUAGAAAAGUCCGGUUUUGGCUUUGAAACUGCCUUGGGCCAACAACUCUUGCUGCUAGAGAAAGUUACACAGAACUGUUUGAGGAGUGAAGUGGUUAAAAGUUUCUGGACUUGUGUCCUGAACAUUUUUGUGUAAAUAUUUAUGUGUUUAUUUUUAUAAAUCCCUCUCCAUAUUUAUAAAAACCCUUUUCCUACCUUAUCUCUGGACUUUCACCUUCUUUUUUGGUUAAAACCCAUGUAAGCUACUGGGAUCUGACCUAUAAUGAAGCUCUUAAAUUACUUUCCAUGAGAAGCUCUUAGAAUAUUUUUGCAAGAGCCUGCAGAUAUUUAAUCUACACCACAAAUGUUCUAUGUUGUAUUUAUUAUAUAUUGUUAAAAUCUCCUCCUUUUGUUCUAAACAGUUUUCUAGCUUAAUUACUGUUGCGGGUCAACAGUGGUUACUUCACGUCUCAACUCUUGUGUAUUGUUUACAAUUUGACAUCAAUAAAAAAAAUUGCAUAGAGCAGUUGUAAACUUUUAAUUAUAGAAAGAAAAUGGUCGACCCCUUUCCCGAAUCCUUUCCCUACCAGAAAGGACCAUCAUUAGUGCAUUUUGUAUGCAAUAAAAAAACAUUGCAAACCUUUGAAAGGAUUAAAAUGUAAUAUAUAUUUUGAUAUUUUAUUUCUGCCUAUUUGCGCUGUGAAGUUUUGAGUUUUCUUCCAAAGACGUAUGAAUCUGAUUUUUUUUUUUUGUGAGUGUACUUUAAGUUAUCAAAAGUAUUUAAAAUGUAAGCGUGGCUGUUGUUUAAUAUUAUUCUGCUUUGUUAUAUGCUGCCUGGAUGCUACCUGGUUCUGCUGUUGCAGACCAGACUAUUGUUAUUUUAAAUACAGAACAAAAUAAAUUUGCAAAUAAAACAA